AUGCUGUGGUCUGAAGUGGUGUCCAGACUGGUGCAAUGUCAAAAGGAGACUCGUCUCUGCAUUGUGCAAGAGGAGCUUACCGCAUUGGAAAUCACCAAUAUCAUCAUGCGACAGGACAACUUUAUCAUUGGGCUUACGGACCAUGAUGCAUUCACGAAGAAUUUGCCCAGUUGGAUUCCCCGUCGGCUUGUGUACACCAAGGCACCUCUCUGGAACAUUUUGCUGGCGAUCUUCCCACCUGUUGGAGCAGAAGCCUUGGAUCAUCGUGGCAGACUGCGGCAAGAAUUCCUCGACAGACCCGAGGUGCUUGCACGCAAGUUUAGAUUUCUUGCGCUGAUCAAUUUAGUCCUGCUGCUUCCCGUCUCAAUGUUUGUUGGAGUCUACUUCUUCAUGCGUCAUGCCCAAGAGUUUCGUUCACAGCGGACAUCGCCAUUCAGGAAGCAGUGGUCCGACUAUGCCUACUGGACAUUUCGAGAAUACAACGAGUUGCCCCACCAGGUUGAUGCCAGAAUGUGUACAGCUCAGGGAGCUGCAGAGGCGUACAUCCAUGCCACAAAACCCACUUCGCCUGUGCUCAAGUCUUUGCUUCGGUGUGCCAAGUUCAUCUCAGGAUCCAUCCUGGCGGCACUGCUUCUCGUGGCCUUAUGGGAUGAUACUCCACUUCUCUUCGUCAAAGUUCAGGAGAAAAACCUGCUGUGGUACCUUGCUUUUUUUGGUUUCGUAUUUGCAGUUGUGGACAGUGCCGGCGAGGAAGAUUCAGGAGUUGUGGAUGGCAAAGGAUCUGGCUCUGAAGCUUGUUUGCAUGCACUUAGCACUCCGCUCCGGAUGUAUGUUGCGUUGAUGAAAAUGGUGUCCUGCACGCAUUAUUUGCCUGGAAGCUGGCGCUCUCCAGCAAAGAUCACAUCUUUAGCAGGAGCAUGCAGUGGUCUUCGGCGUGCCACUCUUUGCAAGCACUUUCGCCGUGUACGCCAGGAGCUACUCUGCGACUUCUUGUUGCAUCGCAUUCAAGCUCUUGCAGAAGAACUGCUGGGUGUUUUGGCCAAUCCUUUGCUACUUUGGUGUCUGUCGGAUGCUGCAGCUGAAAUUGCCAGAACAAUGCGAUUGCUGCAGCAUUCAACUCCGGCUCUGGGAGACUGGUGUGUAUAUGGCUGCUUGGAUCCAACACUCUGCGGGGAUUCUUUGAUUUCACUUGAUGGAAGGCAGGCAUAUCCCGGUUUCCGUUCUGCGGACAACCAGACCUUUAAUGAGAAGCUGGAUAAAUCGGUGCUGUCUUUCCUGCUGAAUCACCAACUGCUCUGGUUUCCAGAUGAUGGGGGUCCUGAUGAUUGCCGGCCUGCCGAUUAUUUUCACGAUUUUUAUUCUCCUCCUAUUUGCAGUACGCGAGCCAGUCGUUCUUCUUCUCCACGAAGCAUACCCUCACAUCCAUCCCAUGGAAUUCCACUUCAAGACUUCGCGAGCGACCCAAGAUGCAAUGGAAAGAGCACAGGGUCACAUGCAGCAAACGCAGUGUCAAACGCAGCGUCAAACGCAGUGUCAUUGGAAAUGACAGAGACUUUGGAGUGGCACGCAGAUGGCCCUCCGGGGGAAGCGUCCUCGAUGCCAAGCGACGACAUGAAUGGUGGAAUUGAAGGUGCGUUGGAGGAGAGAUUACCCAUCUCCUGGCACGCAGAGGGCGCGAAUGCUGAAACAAAGAAAGAGCCGAACGAUUGGGUGUUGACUCACAUUCUUGGAGCACCACCGACUGCUACCAAGCUGCUUAAGGAGGUGCAAGAGUUUGAAGAAAGUGAGAUGAGGGACAAUGGCAGCGGCGAAAACUAUUCGAUGCUACCAGAUGAAUUGGUGCGCCUGCCACCUAUCACUCCUGGAGCACCGGCUCAUAUUGCAAUUGAGAAUGCUGCCAAGUUGGCGGUUGAUGAACAGAGACAGGAUGGCUUGGACAUGUUUGGUGCGCUCUUCUUUUGGCUUGAGGAGGAGUCUUUUGCCGGCAGCACUACUCUCAGUCCACGGAAGACGGUGGGUGGUCGCAGCAUUUCGAAGGGAGCCACGUGGUACAAUGGGCAGUGCCAAGGCCACCCAGAUUUCUUGGAGGAGAUUUCACCUGAGGAUGUGUCUGAAAAGUGGGCACUUGCAUUGAAUUUGAGCUCUUCCGCAGUCUGCGUCAUGACCAGAUGCAGCAUGUACAUGAUUUAUUGA